CGCCGCACAUUGACAUUAUUCUUCUCCAUCCCACAUUGAAUUGAGCUGAUGCUAUUUCUCUUUUGAGAGGACAGUUUAUGGCUAAACAGGUUGUUGUGGUACCGUAAAAUUAGAAUCAUGAGGAAACCCACAAAGAGUUCUUAGCCUUGAAAAUUAUUUAAUUUUAAAUUAGCGCUACGAGUUGAUCGGUUACUUAUGAUCAGUGAAGUUCCCGCUUGCCUCGCGAUCGCAUCUCAGAUCCAUGUUUCACUCGUCGCAGGUUAUGGUGCUGACUGGCUCUGGUGUGCAUUGGUCCCACGACUCCUGUCGCUAGUUACCAACGAUUCCCCGGUAAAGCUCUGUGCCCAAGGUACAAAGCAUAUUCAGCUUGGGGCAUCUACGAAAGGAAACGAAAAUCAAGAAAAAAAUAAUAAUAACUCUAAAAAAAAUAAAAACAAAAAAACAAAAACUAAAAUCAGCCCCUCCUUGAAUCCAUACCCUUGGGUUCUCUUGUAUCAUUCUUUUCUAAUCUCCCUUUCUCCAGCUGGGCUGAUACACUAACUACAGUCGUCCCUCUCUUCUUUCGCUUAUCUUUUUCUAGACAUUAUCCACCUUGCUUAUUUUUCAUUUUUCUUUCCCUCCCAAAAUUCUCAUCCCAACUCGAUUCUCAUAUCGACGAUCUUUCAUUC